GUUCCAUCAUGGCUGCUUUUUGUAUGAAACUGCUACGAAGCUAAUGGAAAUUGUGGAAAAAAAUCUCUUCAUAUCGAAACAAUGCUGGGAUUUUUGACGGCCAGACAGGCUGGACUGGAUGACCCUCUGCGACUGAGACGAACAGAGUCUACAAGAAGGGUCCUCAACCUGCAGCUGAAUCCUGACAGAGAUGUGGACAGAAUCCAUGGAAAUGGCAUCAACACCAUUGACAUUGACGCAGUAGAGGGCAGAUACAUGUUGUCUGGUGGAGCAGAUGGCGUGAUUGUCAUCUAUGACCUGGAGAACUACAGCGGGAAACAGCAGUACACUUGCAAGGCAGUUUGCACAGUGGGCAGGUCGAAUCGACAUGUCCACAAAUUCAGCGUUGAGACCGUCCAGUGGUAUCCUUACGACACAGGCAUGUUUGUCUCCAGUUCCUUUGACAAGACCAUGAAAGUUUGGGACACAGAAACACUGAAGCCUGCUGAAGUCUUUGAUUUUGAGGACAACGUCUACAGCCACCACCUCUCCCCCAUCGCCAGAAAGCACAGUCUCAUUGCAGUUGGCACCAAAAACCCUAAAAUCCAGCUGUGUGACCUGAAAUCUGGCUCACGGAUUCAUGUUCUUCAAGGUCACAGAGCAGAGGUGCUGUCUGUGCGGUGGUCACCUAGAUAUGAGCACAUUUUAGCGUCUGCCAGUGCAGACAGCAAAGUGAAAGUGUGGGACGUGCGUCGGGCCUCUGGCAGUCUCUUCACACUGGACCAGCACAAUGGAGACAAGUCAAAAGCCUCCUCUGAGGCAGUGAACACAGCUCACAAUGGCCGAGCGAAUGGCCUGUGCUUCAGCGGAGACGGCCUUUACCUCCUCACAACAGGCACUGAUGACAGGAUGCGACUGUGGAAUAGCGCCACCGGGGAGAACACACUGGUGAACUACGGAAAGGUCUGCAAUGAGAGUCGUAAAAGGCUUCAGUUCACAGUGUCCCGUGGUUGCAGCCCAGAGUUUGUCUUUGUGCCAUGCGGCAGCUCAAUUGCCGUGUACACCCUCCACACAGGAGAGCUGGUCACCAUGCUCAGAGGCCACUACAACAAUGUCGACUGCUGCGAGUACCACCCAGAUUACCAGGAGCUGUACAGCGGAGGUAAAGACUGUAACAUCCUGGCGUGGGUGCCUGUCCUUCGUGUCUCAGAUGUGGAAGAAGAGCCAGAGAGUACAAAUAAGAGUGCUGCUGGCAGCUCCUCAGUGAACCCUGCCUUUCAGGAUGCAUGGAGCAGUGAUGAAGAUUAAUGCUGGAGUUUUGCAUGUGUGGAUAGCAUUAACAUGCAGGUGUUUGAGCAUGCAAAUGACCACACAUGCUUAACCUUUUUACUUGUCCAAAAAGGACUGGUGACCUGUGCACACCUGUUGGACGUUUUUUUCUGUUUCAUCCGACAGACAAAGAUCACAGCCUUAAAUUAAAUUUGUAAAUAAUAGUUGCACUAUUUCAAAAUGCCCAAUAUUAUAAAUGUUUGUUUUUGUACUUUUGAGAAGAAAAAUUGUGAUGUUUAAGUUUUUUUAAUGUAACGUCAGCAUUGUUAUUGCUGUUUACAGCAAGUUUCAUGCUGAAAUACUCAUAACAACCUGCUGCAAACCUUUUUUAUAAGUUAAUGUAACAUUUCUUUUUAAUGAUAUCUGCCAAACUUCUGUUUAUGAUAUACUUUUUUGGUUUUAUAUGCCUUUAUUUAGAUAGGAAAGUGGAUAAUCAGAAACUGGGUAGAGAGAAACAAGUGCCACAGGUCAGAUUUCAACCUGGGUCGCUUUCUUCGAGGACAACAGCUUGUGUACGUGAGUUGCAGACAUAACCACAAGCUGCCAGGGCCCCCAGAUUAUCUUUUGUAAUUGUAACAAGUCUGCCUUUCCAACUUUAAAGUUGCGUUUUAGUUUUGAACUCCUUUUUUCAGCUGUGUCUUUUGUAAGUCUGUUUUUUAAAGAACUUUAUUUAUAUUACUACACAAACAGACAACAUUGUUCAUAUCAAGACACAAAUAAAAGCAAAUUUACACUUUCAAAUAACAGAAAAGGUUUUGAGUUGAUUUAAAUAACUGACAUGGAUUUCCUUUAUUUGUUCUCUGUAGCCUUAGGACCCACCUCUCAAAUGACCCAAAUAUCCAAAAAUCUUCCAUCUCUCAAAUUUAUCAAAUUAAAAAAAUGGCAGUUUGGACCUGAGAUGGAACAGAACAUGACUGAAUAAAGACACGAGACAAAACAAGCAUGGGCGCUGCCAGGAAUUAUGGGCCACAUGAAAAGACUUCACAUAGCCCCACCCCCACUGCUCUGCACAACUGCAUUUCAGACACAUGCAAUGUAAGAGUAUAGAACAUUUGGUGAUCACAGUUCAAACAAUACGCGCGCGCCUGUGGCGUCUGCUGCAAGUUGAGAGAUCUUCUCUAAGUUGCCAUCAGUUGGAGGAACAACAUCAUCUCGUCCCCACAGCUUCAGUAUUGUGAAAAUAUUCCUUAUCCUUGUUUGAUUUCAAACAUAGUCUAAAAUCCCAAAGUUAGUAGCUGUUAAAGGAGUUAUGGCACUUAGCAUGCCGCCAUUGACACCCUGCAAUCACCAGAAGAAGAACAUUUGGACAACAAAUGGAAAUAUUGCCAAUGCUUUUGUACAAUGCAGACUGUGUAGUUGUUUUUCUGAAAAUGUUGAUAACCUAAAUGAAA